UUUAUCAUUCUUCAACGCAGUUUUGAUUGUUGUGUAGUAGUCGUAAUUUGUAAACAGAUCUCUGAAUAAAAAUGUCUGGACGUGGUAAAGGAGGCAAAGCUAAAGGAAAGGCUAAAAGCCGAUCAAGUCGUGCAGGGCUCCAGUUUCCAGUAGGACGUGUUCAUCGUUUCCUGCGUAAGGGUAACUAUGCUGGACGUGUUGGAGCUGGUGCACCAGUUUACAUGGCCGCUGUGCUUGAAUACCUGACUGCUGAAAUUUUGGAGUUGGCAGGCAACGCUGCCCGUGACAACAAGAAGAGCAGAAUCAUCCCCCGUCAUCUUCAGCUCGCAAUCCGUAACGACGAAGAGCUGAACCGUCUUCUCGGAAGUGUAACAAUUGCACAAGGUGGUGUCCUGCCAAACAUCCAGGCUGUGCUUCUACCAAAGAAGACCGCUGCUGCAAAGGGAAAAGGCGGCAAAUCUAGCCAGAGCCAGGAGUUUUAAAGGUUGUUCGAGAACUUUUCAAACCAAACGGCCCUUUUCAGGGCCACCAAUUGAACAGAAAAGAGAUUUGCAAAGUAUUAUUUCUGCAGACUAUGCAGUAUUAUUAAUAUUUUCUUGGGACAAUAAAGUCGGACUACUACUUAGGCCUAGGAAUUAGGCUGGCAAUUAAUUAACGUUGAUGGAUUUUUGUUUUGUUUGAUUCGCCCAAUAAGAUGAAUGUGCAAUUUCGAUUUUCAAAGUGUUUUAAUAAAAUGUGUAUCUUUUAUUUUGUUUAAA